AGUCAACAUUAAACCACCAACUCGAAUUAGCUGCAAAGUAUGGAUUUAAAAAUUAUUUUUUUAUUUUUCAUUAAUCUUGGCAAUAUUUUUGCUCAAAGUGAAAGUUUGAGUUGCACAUACUUAAAUGUAGGAAGUACCUACACAUGUAACCUCAAACUUAUCAAUACCAGAGGACUUAACAACUUCGCAACAAUCACUGGGACUCAUUUAUCGGGCAGAAAUGACAACUAUGUUUUAAGUGUCACUAGUGUCGCUGGUUCUGUGUCUCCAAAUAUUCCAUCAAUAAUAUGUAAUAAGUUUAGAGGCCUUCAAAUGAUUUCGAUGAACAACGUUGGAAUUAAAAGUUUUUUGAUUGAUGGAUUGAGCUCAUUUACUUAUUGCAACACAACAACUACUAUUGAGAUCUGUAACAAUAAAAUUAGUGAAAUAGAUGAGAGAUCCUUCAUGUAUAACGUUGGUCUAUUAGAAUUAAAGCUUUGGAAUCUCGGGCUGACUAAUUUGCCAGAAAAAGUGUUUCAUAAUUUAAUAAACCUACAAAAAUUACAUUUACAUAAGAACAACUUUACAAGCUUACCUAAUAACUUAUUUAGGUACCUUAAGAGGCUCUUAAUUUUAAAUCUUAGUGAUAAUUUUAUUGUGACCCCAAAUUACAAAUGGUUCGACACCCUUAUAAGCUUAAAUUCCUUUUACAUUGAUAAUAAUUUGAUUGAGGACCUCCCGACUGAUGUGUUUAGCUCAUUAACAGACUUAAUUUACAUUUCAAUGUCUGGUAAUAAUUUGACAAUCUUACACUCUGAUCCAUUUGGAGUUCUACCAAAAUUAAAGACAAUCCAAGCUAUAAAUUGUCAACUUAAGGCAAUUGAUGAGAAUCUUAUCGAUAAUACUGGAACUACGCAAAUAUCACUUACAAAUAAUACUUGUGUUAAUGAAGUGAUCACUGAUUUAUCAGGUUCGAGGUACUCAAUGAGGAUUAUUUUAGCCGAUUGUUUCAGGAAUUAUGCAAAAUUUAUGGGACAAACAACAACUACAAUGAAUCCUAUUACAACUGUGCCUACAACAACAUUCUCUACAACAACAUUGCCAUCAGGAUGCGUUGGUGGAAAUGAAAGUCCAAGAAUCUGUAAACUUGAAGAUAAGAGUCAACAAUUGUCUUCGAAUUUUGAAAGCUUCAUCCAGGAAAUUGUGAAUUUAAAGAAUCAAAAUAUUGUUAUAAAUGAAACAGUUCAACAGCUACAGGAUCAAAUUACUGUGCUGACAAAUCGGCCGUGUUCGUGUGCCUGAUGUUCUUAAUUUAUAAACGCUUAUUUUGAAUACUAUCUGCGAAUAUCCUGGUUUAAUUACUUUUAUUAUUUAAUCAACUAGCAAAAACCAGUUUAAACCACCAAUAAACGGAAGUGUUUACUUCUGAUAGCCAUUAUCUCAUGUGAUAAAAAUUGUUAUUACUUUUAACCACACAUAACAAUAACAUUGCAAAAUACGGCAAAAUACAAUAAAAAUAAUUAUCAGUCACCUUGACUUUGUUAUCUUUAUGACUACUUAAGUCGCAUUUCCUCGAUUAAA